UCGGCCUCGCCCGGCACCGCGUCCUGCCCCGCCGCCGCCACCAUGAACAAGCUAUACAUCGGCAACCUCAACGAGAGCGUGACCCCCGCGGACUUGGAGAAAGUGUUUGCGGAGCACAAGAUCUCCUACAGCGGCCAGUUCCUGGUCAAAUCCGGCUACGCCUUCGUGGACUGCCCGGACGAGCAUUGGGCGAUGAAGGCCAUCGAAACUUUCUCGGGAAAAGUAGAAUUACAAGGAAAACGCUUAGAAAUUGAACAUUCGGUUCCCAAAAAACAAAGGAGUCGGAAGAUCCAAAUCCGGAAUAUUCCACCCCAGCUCCGAUGGGAAGUACUGGACAGCCUGCUGGCUCAGUACGGCACCGUAGAGAACUGCGAGCAAGUGAACACCGAGAGCGAGACGGCCGUGGUGAACGUCACUUACUCCAACCGGGAGCAGACCAGGCAAGCCAUCACAAAGCUGAACGGCCACCAGCUGGAGAACCAUGCCCUGAAGGUCUCCUACAUUCCCGACGAGCAGAUAGCCCAGGGCCCCGAGAACGGGCGCCGCGGAGGCUUCGGCUCCCGGGGUCAGCCCCGCCAGGGCUCGCCUGUGGCGGCCGGGGCCCCUGCCAAGCAGCAGCAGGUGGACAUCCCCCUUCGGCUCCUGGUGCCCACCCAGUAUGUCGGCGCCAUCAUUGGCAAGGAGGGUGCUACCAUCCGCAACAUCACGAAGCAGACUCAGUCCAAGAUAGACGUGCACAGGAAGGAGAAUGCAGGUGCCGCCGAGAAGGCCAUCAGCAUCCACUCGACCCCCGAGGGCUGCUCCUCUGCCUGCAAGAUGAUCUUGGAGAUCAUGCAUAAGGAGGCAAAAGACACCAAAACGGCUGACGAGGUCCCCCUGAAGAUCCUGGCUCACAACAACUUCGUUGGCCGACUCAUCGGCAAGGAGGGGCGGAACCUGAAGAAGGUGGAGCAGGACACAGAGACGAAAAUCACCAUCUCCUCGUUGCAGGACCUGACCCUCUACAACCCCGAGAGGACCAUCACCGUGAAGGGGACUAUCGAGAACUGCUGCAGGGCCGAGCAGGAAAUCAUGAAGAAAGUUCGAGAGGCCUAUGAAAACGACGUGGCCGCCAUGAGCCUGCAGUCCCACCUGAUCCCGGGCCUGAACUUGGCUGCCGUCGGUCUCUUCCCAGCCUCGUCCAGUGCGGUCCCCCCACCCCCAAGCAGCGUCACCGGGGCGGCUCCCUACAGCUCCUUUAUGCAGGCCCCGGAGCAGGAGAUGGUGCAGGUGUUCAUUCCUGCCCAGGCGGUUGGCGCCAUCAUUGGCAAGAAGGGGCAGCACAUCAAGCAGCUCUCACGGUUCGCCAGCGCCUCCAUCAAGAUUGCUCCCCCGGAAACCCCUGACUCCAAAGUCCGGAUGGUCAUCAUCACCGGCCCCCCGGAGGCCCAGUUCAAGGCUCAGGGAAGAAUCUACGGCAAGCUGAAAGAGGAGAACUUCUUUGGCCCAAAGGAGGAAGUAAAACUGGAGACCCACAUACGGGUGCCAGCCUCAGCAGCCGGCCGGGUCAUUGGCAAAGGUGGCAAAACGGUGAACGAGUUGCAGAACUUAACAGCCGCUGAGGUGGUGGUGCCACGAGACCAGACCCCUGAUGAGAAUGACCAGGUCAUCGUGAAGAUCAUCGGGCACUUCUACGCCAGCCAGAUGGCACAGCGGAAGAUCAGGGACAUCCUGGCGCAGGUGAAGCAGCAACACCAGAAGGGGCAGAGUAACCAGGCGCAGGCGCGGAGGAAGUGAGCCGCCCUCCCGUGCCAGCGACUCCAGGACCACGGGCGGAAACGCAGCGCGUGCGCUCCCGGGCAGGCCUGAGAAUGAGUGGGGAUCAGGGACAGGCGGGCCGGGCUGCAGAUCAGGUUUGCCCGCUUGCUCGAGACAGAUGCUCCGGUGAGGAGGAACCCUGAUCUCUCGGCCCCCACGCCCCACCUAUUGGCCCGACACCGCCAGCCCCAGGGGUGUCACCAUUGAAAUUCUAGCUCAGGGUGCUUUUAAACGUGGAUUGUUAAAAGAAGUUCUCCAGGCCCCAGCCCCUCCCCACCCUACCAGAGGGUGGGUCUGACCCCAGUGGGAAGAGAAAUAAAAUUUCCUCCAGGUUUUUAAAACACGCAGAGGGGUGUUUUAAUCAGCCUUCAAGGAUGGUUUGUUUCUUGACCCUAAACAAUCUGUCCAGCCUUCUUCCUCCUGCCUGGGUAGUUGAUUGAAAUAUCCCCCUUCUCCAGCCCUCAAACCGCCUCCUCCCUCCUCUGUUCACCCUGAUUGCUUUACCUUUACUGGUACCAGAAAAAAAUGGGAACUCAUGCCUUGCCUUGUCUGCAGUGUUGACCCAAUGGGGAAGACCUAUCAGUAACUGCAGCUGAAUCCAGUCUCUCUCCACUCAACCGAUAGGUACAGCAAGGAAUAAAGAAGGGGGAGAAAAAUGAUUGAAACAGAGUAAUCCACGUUUAAAAGGAGUACCCUCGUGCCUGAUGUUUUCCAGGUCACUGUCUAGACAAAUUGGCACAAGUGAAAUUUCCGGAUUCCUCACCACAUCCAUGUCCCUCUUACCCUGGGGAGGGUCCCACAUCACGUGCAGGUGCACGUAGGUAGGGCCGACGCUCAGCAGGGUCGGGGCGCGCCACUGUCCCUGAUUCCCGUCAUUCUCAGGCGGAUUUUAUAUUUUUUUAAAGUCUAUUUUAUUGAUUGGAUGUGAGCACUGGGAAGGGGACGCGACAUCCCCUUGAUAAAGUCUCAGUUCCGUGGAGGACUUGAGUGGCCCGAGGUUUGCCACCGUGCCCCCACCCCAGCCCACGUGUUCACGUAAGGGCUGGUUCCCAGAGGCAGGGCCUGCAGGGCACUCCCCACCAUAGCACUGGGUCCUUAGUGGUGGUGGGACGUCAGACCCGACCCUGAGCUAAAGUCUGUCAUCUGGCAAAUUCAAUAGAUUGGAGAGUACUGUUUUUAUCCCAGAGGAGUAUUUAACUGGUGGCUUCUGCCUCCAUGAAUCAUCAUGCAUGAUGAACCGUUGUGUCAAAAGAAAAAAUAAAAAUCCAGAGUACCAGUUGCAUUGUGCACAUAGGGGUAAGCUUAAUUUAUUAAUUCACUAGGCUCAAUAAGAUCCUGUUGGAAGUUUAGCCCGUGCGGAGGACAGCAGCCAUCAGUUAAAUGAGGUUAGGCCUCCCCUGCUGAUACUGUUCUGAUUGACUGUCAAUGCAUAAUUAGCCGGGUGAUGCACUUUAGCUACCCUGGACAAUACUAUCGAGUGUGCUGGCAAGGGAGGACGGGAGGCCCGCGCAGGGGGCUCCCCUCGUCCCAACAUUGCAACAAGAACCGGAACAACAAGACGACCACGGCGUGCGGGCCGAGUCGGGCGGUGCUGUGUGAAGUGAACUACCUCAAGGUAUGAAGUUACCUCAGCAAUGAUGUUCCUUUGUGUUCCCCCGAACCCCACUUUUUUUUAAAAUUUUUUUUAUUUUUAAUUUUCAAUCUUUUUUUUUCUUUGCGGCUUGCUGAUAUUUUAUAUAAAAAAGAAAGAAAAGCAAAGCAAAAGAGAAGCUGAUAGUCUUGAAUAUUUUAUUUUUUUAAUGAAAAGAAAAAAAUGAGAAAGUUAUGUUUCAUAAUUUCUUACAACGUGAGCCAGUAUAGCCCUUCAGGAACUGUCUGGAGAACAGGCCCUGUGGGAGAGGCAGCAGGGGCUGGCCCCUCCAGGGGGCCCUGGGGCCGAUGCAGGGAGCCCAGGGGCAGAGUGCAGAGCCCGGCCCGGCUAGGGGCCCUGCUGGCAUAGCCACCACCGGGCCGGAUCGCAGGGCCUGGCAGAGCUGGGACAAAGCCGGGGCCCAGCCGCCACCGGGCCCUUGGUCUCCCCUCUUCUCCCCUUUGGUUAAAUAGCAACCCAGCCGGUUUUUUCCCCCAGCUGUGCUGUUGAGAUAUUUAAAACUAUUGCCUCCGUUUUAUCGAGGAGAGAAAAACUAAAUAAUAACUAAGAAAUAUACCCUUUUAAAGAAAAAUCUAUAUUUGUCUGAAAACAUGGAAGCCAAGAUUUCAUUCAUGGAAGAAAAGCCAGGCCCCCCCUCUCCUGCUCAGCGAGGCCUGCCUGGUUGGGGAUGGCAGUGCUCUGCAUGUUUGGUUUUUGGUCGUGGUUUUGUUUCAGUCCUGUCUUGCUGUUCUUUGUCGAUAUUCUCACGGACCGAGAGGCAAACAGCUUUUCCGAACACUGCCCUCCCUCCAUCUCCCUAGUGGUCUCUAGAUUCAGUGACGGAUUCUGAAAGCAGUCCCUGACUUAGGGAACGCUUUGGC